AUACCACACGAUCUCUCAAUCAAACCCUGUCACUCACCAUAUCUCCUUGUCUCUUCCCUCCUUCAUCAAUUUUCUUUUAUCUGGCUUUUUCACAAAUUUCAAUUUAUAUAAUGACAACGAUACAUACAAAUGCAAAUUAUUACUAGUUAUAUAUAUAUAUGUAUGUGUAUUUAUUUGUAACCAAGAGAAAGAAAGAAAGAAUUUUUUUAGAGUAUGGCAGUGGAAUUACAAUGUUGUGAAACUGGGUUUUUUAUACAUAUUGGGAUAAUUGUGAUAUUGGUUUUGUUUGCUGGGUUAAUGUCUGGGCUUACUUUAGGACUUAUGUCUUUUAGUCUUGUUGAUCUUGAAGUUCUUGCCAAGUCUGGCACUCCUAAGGAUCGAAAGUAUGCAGAGAAGAUACUACCCGUGGUUAAAAGGCAGCAUCUAUUGCUUUGCACACUCCUUAUCUGCAAUGCUGCUGCAAUGGAGGCUCUCCCGAUUUUCCUGGACAGUCUGGUCCCAGCUUGGGGUGCUAUCCUUAUUUCAGUGACAUUGAUACUUCUUUUUGGAGAGAUCAUACCACAAUCUGUUUGUACUAGGUACGGACUGGUUAUUGGUGCAACCGUGUCUCCGUUUGUCCGGUUUCUUGUUUGCCUAUGUUUUCCCGUUGCAUAUCCUAUAAGCAAGCUUUUAGACUAUCUCCUGGGGCAUGAACACGUUGCUUUGUUCCGCAGAGCUGAGUUGAAAACACUUGUAAAUUUCCACGGUAAUGAGGCUGGAAAAGGUGGAGAAUUAACACAUGAUGAGACAACAAUAAUUGCAGGAGCACUUGAACUCUCAGAUAAAACAGCAAGUGAUGCCAUGACUCCUAUAGCGGACACCUUCACGAUUGAUAUUAAUGCCAAACUUGACAGGUAUUUAAUGAACAUAAUUUUGGAGAAAGGCCAUAGCAGGAUACCUGUCUACUAUGAGCAACCGACAAAUAUAAUUGGACUUAUUCUGGUAAAAAAUUUGCUGACUAUCCAGACAGAUGAGGAAAUCCCCGUUAAGAAUGUCACAAUUCGCAGGAUUCCUAGAGUUGCAGAAUCACUUCCGUUAUAUGACAUCUUGAAUGAAUUCCAGAAAGGUCACAGCCACAUGGCUGUUGUUGUGAGACAAUGUAUUAAUACAAAAUCAGAGCAGCCCGACACGAAGACCCCAUUAUCUGAAAAUGGCGUGAAGGAAGUGCGUGUAGAUGUUGAUGGAGAUCAGAAGACUCCUCUUGAAAAGAGUUUAAAGGCCAAAAGAUCAUUCAAGCAAUCAAAGAGUUUCCCGGGCAAGGGUAACAAUUCGUUCAAAGGCAACUUCAGUAGUAAGAAAUGGAACAAAGAAAUGUAUUCAGACAUCUUAGAGAUGGAUGGAAAGCCACUUCCAGUUCCUGAUGAAGAAGCAGUUGGUGUAAUAACGAUGGAAGACGUAAUUGAAGAACUAUUGCAGGAGGAAAUUUUCGAUGAGACGGAUCACCAUUUUGAAGAUUUAUAACAAAGGCUAGUUUGAACCUGAUUCUCUGGUGGCACCUGGAUGAUGGCGAAAAUCUUGUUAGCAUAUGUAAAUUCGGCUAAAAGUCAAGACAUGUUCUUUUAAGUGGAGUGAAUGUAAUCUUCUAUUUCGAUAAUAAUAUUGAAAUGUGUAAUGCAAUAUAGUUUCUUAGUA